AGCCCCAUCUCGGCCCAACGCCGGGGAACUCAAACCGCCCCGUCGUCCCUCGAUUUUUGGGGUGGAACGAACGCGCCAGGCCAUCAAAUGCUGUGUGAGACUGCACAAUCUCCAGGGGGCCCCGACAACAAGCCGAUGGGGACUCCGUCGCUCGCGGAAAUCCGCCCGGAACGGUCAGGCAUAUCACCGUUUCGGCCGACGCAUACAUCCGUUGCGGAGGAAGCGCUGCAGGGAGGCAUGGUCGCCCCCCCUGUCGGAAUCAGGUGCUGGUGUUCGAAUCGAAACAUACCGGGCAACUCACCACCAGGUCAUACACUUUGUGUCCGACCAGGACGUCUCCCCGAUCCCGCAAUCUCUUGCGCAACCGAAUCUCGGGCAACGAGGACCGCCGGCCCCGAGGCGCCAGCGUCCUCCGUCCGACCUGUCGCUCCCGGGACGACGGUACAAUCACUCGAUUGGGCGUGUCCCCGUCGACCAUCGCCCCAAGACUGGAUCCCCUCUAAAUUGAUCAAAUAGCAAUCGAAAAAAAAAAUCUUGUUCUUUUCCGGGCGUAGGCGCAGAACGAAUCCACGGAUAUCGGUCAUAGCUCUCUCACGAGGUAGUCAUCGGUGCGGUGAAUC